CGAACGGAUAUAAGUUCAUUGAUAAUAAAUUGAGAUCGAAAAUGCGAGAUGAUACAAAAAUACCUCUUGUUUUAAUUGCUUGCGGGUCAUUUUCACCUAUUACAUAUCUUCAUCUUCGUAUGUUUGAAAUGGCAGCAGAUUCUGCCGAAAAAGAACGAGAAAUGGAGGUUCUAGGUGGCUAUUAUUCACCGGUAUCAGAUGGGUAUAAAAAGAAAGGAUUAGUUAGAUCAAAAGAUCGUCUUAAAAUGUGUGAACUUGCAUGUGAAGAAACGAGUUCAUGGGUUAUGAUUGAUGCAUGGGAAGCAUUACAAGAAGAACAUACACGUACAGCAAUUGUAUUGGAUCAUUUUAAUUAUGAAAUUAACCAAAUAAGAGGAGGAGUUUAUGUAAAAACAGGAGAGAAAAAAAAAGUGAAGAUUAUGUUAGUAGUGGGAAGUGAUUUACUUCAAAGUAUGAUGAGACAAGUAGUUUGGGAAGAAAAAGAUCUUCAUCAUAUUUUUAAGUAUUAUGGAUGUUUUGUUAUUGAAAGAGAGGAAGUCGAUGUGUUAAGUGAAAUUUCUAAACAUAAUAUCCUUUCUAUGUACCAAAACAAUAUUAUUAUUGUUAAACAGUGGAUAUAUAAUAAUAUAAGUUCGACAAAAAUACGAUUUUGUAUUCAAAAUGGUUUGAGUAUUAAAUAUUUAUUACCUGAUUCAGUUCUUCAAUAUAUAUAUCAAAAUAAACUUUAUUUAGCUUGAAAUAUUGGAUAAUAUUUACAAGUCAAAAAUAAAGGUUUGAAUGAAG